AUGUCGGUCUCAAAAGGUGGUGGUGGCACAUCACCGGGGUUAGUGGUUAUAACCAUGACUUCGGGUUCCGUUCUUAGGAAUGCUAUUUCCUCCUCGUCGGAUUCUUCAUCCUCAUCGUCCCAGUCGUCUAAGUCCUCGUCGUCGGACGGUGCAUCGGGAUCCGGUCCUUCCAUAAGGUGCUGCCAAUCUGCUUCGUUUAUUGGUGGGUCGUUGAACUCUUCGGUGUCCUCUUCGGGUUCCUACAUAGGUUCUUCCUCCUCCGGAUCUUCCUCGGGGUCCUCUUCCGGUUCUCCCGCAAUCAUGUUGAUGGGAGGGAUUAUUGGAAUUUGGGCGAGGGCUGCUCCCACAUUGUCCUCUCCAUUUCCCUCAAUUAGGAAUUCUACGUCGUUGGGAGGUGCUAUUUGGACUAGAACUGGUGCCGCUUUGACAUCUCCUCCUCCCUUGGGAAAUACUUGCGAAGCAUGGAAACGUGAAACACGUUAUGCACUAGGUCUAGCUGGGGUGGUAGGGCGAGGUGGAACACAUGAUCUCCCACAGCAAAAGUCAAUGGUCGGCUCCUCUUAUCCGCAUAACUCUUCUGUCGGCUUUGAGCGGUCUGGAUCCUCUAUCUGA